GCAGGAACUUUAAAACUCGCCAACACGGCUAUAAGGUUGGCGGGAAGUGUUUGUUGCACCACACUGGCUCACUCACAGCUGACCUGUCUCCUGCUGCCCCUGUGACCCGGGCCCCUGCAAUGAUGGUGGGUGGUGAUGGUGGUCUGCCUGGGCGGUUGCCUGCCCUUAUGGGCAACCCACAUAAUAUUCGUAACUUGUGUAUUAUGGCGCAUGUUGACCAUGGGAAGACUUCACUAGCAGAUUCUCUUGUGGCCUCCAAUGGUCUGAUUGCUCAUCGCCAAGCAGGGAAGAUCAGAUACAUGGAUAGUCGCAAGGAUGAGAUGGAGCGAGGGAUCACCAUGAAGAGCUCUUGUGUGUCACUGGCGUACAGUAGACCAGACGGUGAAUACAUUAUCAACCUAAUUGAUUCACCGGGACACGUGGAUUUUUCGUCAGAGGUUUCAACGGCUGUUCGUCUCUGUGAUGGUACAAUUAUUGUUGUGGACGUUGUUGAGGGAGUCUGCGCUCAGACUAAGGUAGUGCUACAGCAGGCAUGGGUAGAGAACAUUAGGCCAGUACUCGUCCUCAACAAAAUAGACAGAUUAAUACUCGAGACCAAGUUGAGUCCUAUCGACUGCUACUAUCAUAUUGCCCAGAUUCUGGAACAGGUCAAUGCCUACAUGGGUGAACAAUACAACACAGCUGUCCUGGGUAAAACUUCUGAAGAAGUACAGAGGCGUCAACAAGCUGAGCGAGAGAGAAAGUUGAUAAUAGAGAGAGAGAGGAAAGUGUCUGAGUGCGAGACACCUGAGGCUCAACUCAUGUUUGCAGACUGGGGAAUUGAAACAGUGGACGACUCUGACCUUUACUUCUCACCAGAACGUGGCAAUGUUGUCUUUGCAAGUGCUUAUGAUGGUUGGGGUUUUAGCAUUCAUCACUUUGCUGAUCUGUAUUCAGCCAAGUUGGGGAUGAACAAGGCUGUGUUGAACAAGACCUUAUGGGGGGACAACUACAUAGCAACUAAGGGAGGACAAAAGAGAAUUAUGUCGGGUGCGAGAGAUAAGCGCAAGAACCCUCUCUUUGUCACCCUCAUCCUGGAAAAUCUUUACAAGGUCUAUGAUAAUGUUAUGGUGAGGAAGGAUAAAGGUGAGACCGAGAAACUGGCAGAGGCGUUGGGAGUAAAGAUGCCGAUGAGUGUGUUAAAAUCAACCGAUAUGCGAUUAAAGCUGAAUUUCCUGUGUAGUGGUUGGCUUCCUUUGGCUACAGCUGUUCUGGAGAUGGUGGUCGAGCAUUUACCCAGUGCAGCGAACAUGUCAGAGGACCGUGCGACAAAGCUCAUGUGCUCGGCAACUCAGAGGUUUGACUCGCUUCCACCAGAAACACAGAAGCUUAAAGAAUCUUUUGUUAGAUGUAGCAGUGAUGAAAAUGAGCCACUUAUUGUUUACGUGUCAAAGAUGUUUGGCGUGCAGAGACAGCAACUCCCAAAGGAGAGAUCAUCAGGAAACAAAAUAAUAAUUCGAGGCAAGAGCCAGGGUAUCUUGUCUGAUGAAGAAAUAGCAACUCGCAGAGAGGAAUUACGUCGCAGGAAAGAAGCAGCUGCUGCAACCGUAAAUACAGAUUCUGGUCAAGAGAGAGCAAUGUCUUCAGAAGAAAUUGAUGAGUUAAAGAAACAACAGGAAGAAAUUAUACUGUAUAAGCAGAAAACUGAGGAAGAGAAAAAAAAGUUGAUGGAAGAGGAGGUGUUUGUUGCCUUUGCCCGUGUCUUCAGCGGAACUCUCAAGGCUGGGCAAAAGGUGUAUGUGUUAGGACCAAAACAUGAUCCAAGCUUGGCAUUAAAUCUGAUGACUCUCGGUGAUGAACAGGAAGAAGAAAGCUUGAAGGGUCACAAGCACAUUCAUGUUUGCCAGAUAUCUGAAAUUUACUUGUUGCUGGGCCGUGAGUUUGAGCGUUUAGAGUGUGCUGCUGCUGGCUCCGUGGUGGGUAUUACUGGACUGGAGGGCUGCAUCAUAAAGAGUGCCACACUUUCCUCCACACUAGCCAUGCCACCCUUCACAGAGCUUACCCUGAGUGCCACACCUAUUUUAAGAGUUGCAGUCGAGCCACAUGACCCGAGAGAUCUGCCUAAGCUGCGUGCUGGUUUGAAGCUGUUGAACCAAGCUGACCCAUGUGUUCAGGUUGCAUUACAAAAGAGUGGAGAAUACGUCAUACUCACUGCAGGGGAGGUACACUUACAACGCUGCGUGGAUGAUCUGCAGGAACGGUACGCUGGUGUCCCUGUACGAAUCUCCGACCCUAUUGUGCCAUUCAGAGAGACCAUCAUUUCUCAACCUACAGUUGACAGACUUAAUGAGGCCAUUGAAGGAGAAAACAUCAAUUUCAAGAAGGUGGAUAAUUCUGAUCCUUUGGGUGUGGUAGAAAUAAGUGGCCAUUUCGGAAAACUACGCUGCAGAGCUGUGCCUCUGCCUGAUGCUGUUACAAAACUGUUGGAACAGAAUGAGAAACUGUUGAAAUUGGUUUCCAAAGCUGGCGCCAUUGUUACUGAUGCAACAAAUGCACAAGAUGGUUCGGGCAGGGAGGUGUAUGAUGAUAGUUCCCUCAAAGAUGAUGAUGAGCAAGACACUUCACUACAUAAGGAUGCCUUAAGUAAAGCUCUGGAAAAUCGACAGAAGUUGAAUAGAGAAACUUUUCAAGCAAUAACAGAAUUUAAAAUGUGUCUAGAUAAGGCAUUCAAAAGUGCUGGUGAUGAGUGGCAAAAUGCAGUAAAUGAAAUAUGGAAUUUUGGUCCACAUGGGUGUGGGGCAAACAUUUUACUAAACCAUAUCCCAGCAUAUCCCCGACCUUCAAUCUGGGAAAAGGCUACUUUGGUCGACUGUCCUUUGGCUGCUUACGACACUAAUUUUGUUACAGGAUUUCAAAUAGCCACUGCUGCUGGUCCAUUGUGUGAGGAACCAAUGAUGGGAGUGUGUUUCAUUAUAGAAGACUGGAAAUUGGCACCAACAAAUACAUCUAUAAAUGGAGUGGAUGAACUACAGACAUUUGGCAUGUCAUCUGGACAUAUUAUUUCCCUUUCUAAAGACACGUUAAGAAAAGCAUUUGAGCAGCAGUGUCAAAGGCUGGUUUGUGCCAUGUACUCAUGUGUGAUCAGUGUCACUUCAGAAGUAGUAGGAAAGAUGUAUAGUGUAAUUGGCAAGAGACAGGGGCAAAUUGUUGAUGGUGACAUAACAGAGGGUUCUACGUCUUGGAAUAUCACUGCAUAUCUUCCUGUCAUUGAAAGUAUGAAUUUCGCCAAUGAGUUACGGAAAUCGACUUCAGGGGAAGCAAUGCCUCAACUUGUGUUCUCUCACUGGGAGAUAUUGAAUAUUGAUCCAUUUUGGGAGCCACAAACCACUGAAGAAGUGAUGCACUGGGGAGAAAAGUCUGAUAGUGAAAACGUUGCCAGGAAGUACAUCAAUGCUGUGAGGAAGAGGAAAGGACUUGCUAUCGAUGAAAAAAUUGUUGAAUUUGCCGAAAAGCAACGGACAUUAUCUAAAAAUAAAUAGGAAUUGAAUAAUCUAAUAUUGCUUAUAUUGUUUUAAUGCAUUACUUAAUUUAUGUGCAGGUACUGUAUCCCCAAUAAACAAGAAAAGUUG